AUGAGGUCAAGAGCCUCGACAACAAACAACAUCAAAAGUGAGGGUAGAUAUAUGAAGAAUAAAAAGUUGCAAAAACGAGAAGAAUUUUCCAAACAUUUGCUUCGCCUUUUCUUCAACAAUUCACUCGCAGCUUCUUCUGGCAAAGAAAGCAAAGAGAGUCUUUUGAAAGUGGGAUGGAAUGGUGUAACGAAGAGGAGAAGCAAACAUUAUUCUAAUGAACUGCUUCCGACUCUCAAUAAACCGACUCCCACACUUGAUAUUGUUAUGGCUUUAAGAUAA